AUGGAACAAGAAAAAUUAACUCAUACUGAAUUAAAAUAUUUAAAAUAUGUAUCUCUAGAAUUCGAUUUCAUAAAUUUUCAUAAAUUUGAAGAAGUUAUGAAAAAGUGUUUUUAUCAUGUUCAAAUGUUACGUCUUACAACAGGUUAUAAUGAAAAAUGCUUAAAUGGUAAGCGAUGGCAACAAUUAAUAAUGUCCUACAUGCCAUAUUUACGUAUAUUUGAUAUAAAUCAUCAAGAUUAUAUUGAGAAGAAAAAUUUCACAUAUCAUCAUAUAAUUAAUCAGUUUAAUUCUUCGUUUUGGACGGAAAAAAAAUGGUUUUUUACACAUCAACAUGAUCAGAAGAAACAAUCAACUAGCGGAAUUCUUUAUUCAACCGCUCCAUAUCGACGAAAAGAUUAUUCGUAUUAUUGGGAACCAGUCAAUACAAAAUGCUCAAAUAUUCAAAAAGAAAAUUUCAAUUCGGUUAAACAUCUUCGUAUUGCUAGUGAAGAAAUCGUUAACGAUUGUCUGAACUAUUUCCCAAAUGUUAAUGAAUUAUCUAUUGAAAAUAAAUUUACAACAUCAGGUGAUUCGAUUAUUGCAACUCUUCGUCGUAUGAUUUCUUUAAGGCAACUGACUAAGCUAGUUAUUGAGUCUCAUUUAUUUCCCAUGAAAGACAUUAUCAAUCUAUUACUUUUGACACCUAAUGUACAUACAUUAACCUUGAAUUUAUAUAUUUUGGAUUAUUUUAAUAUAAAUUCAAAUAGACAAAAAAAAAUUUGUCAAUAUGUAUCAAAGAAAAAUAAAAUACAAAAUUUAAUUCUUAAUCAGAAAUGUUCAUUAACUGAAAUACAAUUUAUUGUAUAUUUAUUACCAAGAUUAAAAUGUCUCAAGGCUCAAAUGGAAAGGAAAGAAAUAGGACAAAUAAUUCGAUUUUUAUUAUCGAAAACUCAUAAUAGAACACGAAAUUUGUUCUAUUUAUGUAUUUUGGAGGUGCCAAAAGUAUGCCUAACAGAAACAAAAGUUUUAAUUGAAUCAAAAAACUUACUCAAUGAUUAUUCUAUUAAAUAUAUUGAUCGUGAUUUACAUUUAUGGUGGUAA